AUGAAUAGGGAGGUGACCCCUUCUACUGCUGGCUUACCUUCUCGAUCCAUGUCUUCAGAAUGGAGAGGAGUCUUGAGUCCAUUUGGAAUGGGUGAGGCAUGGUACAUAGAGGCAGCAAGACAGUUUUGUACCAGCUUAGAUUGUUGUCUUGUGGCACCAGUGUUGGCUAAUGAAAUUAUCGAGAGUCCUGAUGCAUCAUGGAGAAAUUUUCGGAAUAGUCAUCUUUAUAACUGGGCUCAUUCUCAGGAGCUCUCUCCCACAUCAAAGUUUCAGGAAAACAUCAAAGAGUGGCUUGGAUCAUAUGAGAAGAGCUUUGGAGAGCGUCAUGGCGAUCGUCGUUUUAAGGUGCACAAGGGCCUCUGGAAUCCCGAGUUAUGGGAUGUUUCCGCAAACAAAAACUUUGACAGAGAAAAUCGGACGGUGAUGGACAAUCAUGCUUUCUCAGCGAUUACUCAAUUCGGACUCUAG